AUGACGACAAGGCAUGAAAUGGCUGAUAUAGUGAAUGUGAAUGAGGACGACGAAGCACGCCGAAAUGAAAUAAGAGCUAUGAUUGUGGAAGAAGUAAAGAAAGCAAUAGAGGCUAGUGUACCCCGACUAGCUCAAGAAGUUGAAGGACAAGUAUUGGAGAUAGUUAAUACCUCGGUAACAUCCAAGGUGGAAGAAUUGAAAGAAAUGAUUAGUGAAUUGCAAGUGAAGAAAAGCAUUCGGAGAUGCACGUACAAAGAGUUCAUGGCAUGUAACCCCUUACCAUACAAAGGGGAAGUUGAUCCGAUAGCUUGUCAAAGGUGGAUUUCAAGUACCGAAGCCGUGUUUACACGAAGUAGAUGUGAGGUGGAGGAUCAAGUAAUGUUUGCCACGGGCCUCCUACAACUCCAAGCAAAAGAUUGGUGGGACGCAUACUCGAAGGAAUUGGGGGAUGAUAAAGUACAGUCGUUAACAUGGCAAGAAUUCAAGGAGUUAUUUCUGAAAUAUUAUAGUCCACAAUCCGCAAUUGAUAAGAUUCAGGAAGACUUCUUACGUCUCAGACAAAAGGAUGAAACGAUUGACGAGAUAACAAACAAGUUCCUUGAGAGGGUGAAGUUCUGUGAGGAGAUAGCGGGGACUGAGAGGCAAAGGAUUAUACGUUACCAUGCUAUGUUAAAGACUGAAUAUCGGGAAUUUGUAAAUCCCUCCAAGUGUGCAACGUUAAAUGAAUUAAUUGAAUGGGCAAGAGACAGAGAAAUUGAGAUAAAAAGACAGGUUGAACGGGGAGAGAAAAGGGUAGCGGAGAAGCCUACCAAUGCAAGCCCAUCGAAAAAGGCAAGAUAUCAAGACCAAAGCAAGAAGGGGAAAGCAAGUAGUGAAAUUCCGACUUGCAAGACGUGUGGGAAGCAUCAUUCGGGUGAAUGUUUGUCGGGAAAGAAGGGAUGCUACAAAUGUGGACGAGAGGGACAUCCAUUUUAUAGGUGCCCCGAAAACCCAAAGGCGUGUUAUAAUUGCAAUGAAACAGGACACAUUAAAGCGGAAUGUCCGAAACUCCAACAAGGGGCAAAGAGAGAAGGAAAGAAGGAUGAGCCCCCCAAGGCUCGCGGGAGGAUGUUUCAGUUAACCUCGGAUGAAGCUAAAGCUAGCCCGGAUGUGGUUUCAGGUAUAUUCUUGGUUAAUUUUAUGCCUAUGAAUGUUUUAUUUGAUUCCGGGGCUAGUAGGUCGUUUAUUUCUAAUGAAUUGUUAGCUCACCCAUCGUUUAAGCUUGAAAAGAUGUUAACACCCUUAGAGGUCGAAGUUGCUGAUAGUAAAAGCUAUUUGUUGCAUGAUAUUUGCAAAAACUAUAAGGUAUUAAUCGAAGAUGAGGAAUUUAGUAUAGAUCUUGUUCCAAUGUACAUGGGGGAAUUUAAAGUAGUUGUAGGAAUGGAUUGGCUAGCCCAAAACCACGCUGAAAUUCAAUGUGAAAAGAAAGUCAUUCAUGUAGUAACCUCUGGGGGGAAACGGCUUGAAGAUGUGAACGUGGUGAAUGAAUAUCCGGAUGUGUUUCCGGAAGACCUACCAGGGCUUCCACCUGAACGAGAAGUAGAAUUCAAAAUAGAGCUUAUCCCGGGUGCAAAACCGGUAGCUAAAGCUCCUUAUCGUGAAGCAGAGCAUGCUUCCCAUUUACGUGAUGUAUUGGAGACGCUUCGCAAGGAAAAGUUAUAUGCAAAGUUCUCAAAGUGUGCCUUUUGGCUUAGAGAGGUACAAUUUUUGGGUCAUGUGAUCGAUGUGGAUGGUGUUCAUGUGGAUCCGUCCAAGGUAGAUGCGGUAAUGAAUUGGGUACCCCCGAAGAAUCCAAGCGAAAUAAAAAGUUUUCUAGGCUUGGCUGGGUACUACAGAAGAUUUAUCCAAGAUUUCUCCAAGAUAGCCUCUCCUAUGACGAAGUUAACAAAGAAGGAUGAAAAGUUUAUAUGGGGCGAAGAACAAGAAAAGGCAUUUUAG